AUAACGUGGGCAUACAGACAUUUAUUUCCAUUGGUGCUUUAGUCUGUCAGUCUUAUUGUGUAGCUCUGAGGUUGGUUAACUAAAGCAACAUGGGAUAAUCGGCUUUAACAGAGGCUAAUGUCAUGUUGCUUUGGCUCACCACAAACCCCCUUAGUUCAGGCAAAGCAAAGAAGUGAAGGGCUGCUCGGGAAUUUACUCUGAACCUUUUCAAUGGAAUGUUGGUCCGAUUGCGUACAUGGGUGUUUAUCAAAGCAAAUCCUGUGGAUCUGAUGGAUCUGGACUUGUGACCCGAUACGAUCGAACUCAACUGGGACAUUUCUAGACUGAAUGAAUAACAUUUCAGUGUGAGAAAUGGGGACUGUGCUUUCUAUAUCUCCUGUAUCAAAUAAGGUGACGAUUCUGGAUGAUGGAGGUUUAUCGGCGUGCGAAGCCAAUGGGAAAAUAGAGAAGAGUUUAAGGAAGCCGUCGAUGAUCGUGUCCACUCUUGCAUUUAAACGGUUUGUGACCGCAUCCGCUAAAACGAUAAGUGGCAAGAAAGUUAAUCCGAAUCUACCUGUUACCGGUGACAUUCAAGCGCUCGAGCGUUUGAACAACGAAAACUUAAAGAGAUCGACCAACACCGAUCUGAAAACUAAAAAUGGACCUAAUGGACUUAAAGAUCAUCUCGAUCAGGAACCGUUAUCUCCAAAGCCGAGGCAACUGGUGUCGGUUCAAAAACAGCCCAGUAGUCCGUCGCUCAUCUCUCCGAGGCGCGUGAUCGUCCAGGCCUCCACCGGCGAGCUGCUCCGAUGCCUUGGUGAGUUCACGUGCAAACGAUGCUUCAGACUGAAGGAACUCCGUCCAAACGAGGUCAUUGGCUGGUUCCGAAACGUAGACAGGACUCUGCUGUUGCAGGGCUGGCAAGAUCAAGGGUUCAUCACACCAGCCACUCUCGUGUUCGUUUAUCUGCUGUGUAGAGAAACUCUGACGGAUGAUAUUGACAAUCAACGUGAGCUCCAACGGACCUUUCUGACCUGCUUGUAUCUCGCAUAUUCCUACAUAGGAAGCGAGAUAUCUUAUCCUAUCAAGCCCUUCAUGGUAGAGACCGAUAUUGACGUGUUCUUUGAGCGAUCUUUGGAUGUCAUCAAUAAACUGAGUGGCAAAAUGUUGCAGAUUAAUGUCGAUGCGCAAUUUUUCACAGAGGUUUUUCAAGAUUUGAAAAACGAAGGGGAUUACAAGACAGAUGCAUGUGAAGUGGAGCGGUAGAGAGCAUGCGCAGUAAUCAAUGACACUGAUUUAUUGAAUUCGAUUGCGAUCAAUUUAUUUUGACUGGAACUUGCACAAAAAAAAAAAUGCUACGCUGUUUUUAACUCAUAUAGUUGUGAAAAUAUGGACAAUUCAAAUUGCUGGGUUCAAAUUCACUUAUGGAUUGUUUUAUACCAUGUAUAUGGGUCAAAUGUGGACAUUUUCAGGGUCAAUUUAAACCAAGCUUGGGUUAAAAGCCGUGUGCAAUGGAUGGGGAUUUAGUUUUUCAAUAUUUAUGUCACUGUUGUGGUGGUUGUUUAGACAGUACAAAUAUUACAUAACAUGGCUUGUGCCUGUGUAGGUGCAGUCAAAUGCAUCUCGUAAAGAUCAGUCGCAAAAGUCAAAAAGAGGGAAUGUACAAACACAAUUUUAUUUUACACUUGUCAGCUUCAUCUUUCACUGUUUACUUUCCCUAAAAUCAGAAAAAAAUAAUUUUAGAUCAAAAGAUAUAUAUUUUUGUUUUGUUUGUAAUAUGAUCAUGCGCAUUGUAGCGUGACCACAUUGUCGGUUACAAAUAUACCCAUGUAUUUCUUGUGGUAGCAACCCUUCAUUACCUUAUAAUGGACAAAAAUACACUUAUAAAACAGAUAUGAAUGGAACUAUCCAUGGUGCUGAUCUGUUUGUGUUGCUUUAUUGACAGAUGUCGAUCUUAAAGGGAUAGUCCACCCAAAAAAUGAUUUCUUUAUUUUCUUAUAUUCUUAUAUUUUAAGGAAUGUUUGUAACCAAAAUGUUUGUAAGCCCCAUUCACAUCCAUAGUAGGAAAAGAGAAUAAUAUAGAAGUAAAUGGGGCUUACAAACGGUUUGAUUCAAACAUUUCUCAAAAUAUCUUCCUUCCCGUUCUUCAGGGAAAAAAAGAAAUUUAUACAGGUUUGAAACAACAUGAGAUUAAGUAAAUGAUGACAGAAUUUUCAUUUUUUGGGGGGGGGCUAUCCCUUUAAUGUAAAACUUGAUAACGUUGUCUCUUCACUGAGAACUCUUAUGUGCCAAUUCAUGCAUUAUGUAAGGUUAUUUUGAGUCAUAAAGGUUUGAAAAAUA